GCUGUGGGGUUUCCAUUAUCUGUCCGGCCACUAAUAAUCAGUUGUUGGACCACCAUCGGAGCCGUUUUUCCUGCAUUCUUAUCGUGUUUUGGUUAUGCUCAGACUUCGUGUUCAGCUGGAGAAGUCAGUCAAUUACUAAACUAUGCUCUAAAUAUUACGGUUUAGAGACAGCGUCACGCCCACUGCUCUGUAAAGACAGUACGAUAGGCUCAAUGGUACAGUUGGUAGCUGAAGAAAGAACCUGCCCCACACAGUGCGAUCAGCUGGCCGACCUAUGUUCGCUAGCAAGCCUCGAUAGCUAGCACCCGUAGCAGCAAAGUGGUACCCACAAAUAUUUGGUUGUACGAUUGGCGUUACCAAGCUACCUAGCUGGAUCGGAGUAGGUCUGAGUUUCUCAUCUGACUGACAGCAUGUCUGUCGGGUAGUGUUGUUGUCAUUUCGGAUUUGAUUUGUUUUAAUGAUCGACCUUUCUGGCAUUUUUCUCGGAGGAGAGAGAGAUGGGCUCCGGGGCCGUGGAUUCGUCCCAGUGGUUGUCAGUGAAGGAAGAGACUAUUUUCCUUCACGAUGGACUGAUUCGGGUCACGGAUCUGGCUGAACUGCCCAGUGAAAUCGGUGUGUCUGAGCAGGGGGACACUGAGCAGGAGAUCCUCACAUUCGAAACGAAGAACCCUGCGGAGCUGGCUGAGCGUCUCCGUGCCGUCUGUGGUAACCAAAGCAAUGCGUAUGCCCGCCUGUUUGAGUACCGUUUGAAUGCGCUGCGGGGCCUGUGGGGGGCCCAGCGUCAGCUGGCCCUGGAGGAACAGCAGGACCGGGAGGGGGCCGGGGGGGGAGAUGAGGAGGCCCUGGCCCUGCUAAAACGACAGGGCCUGCUGCAGCAGCCUGAACAGGCGCCUUUCACUUCCCGUGUGGGCCUGCUACUGGUCUUCCCCCUGCUGCAGUCCCAGACACGCAGUGACCCAGCGCUCUGUGGGGUCACAGCGGAGGUGCUGCUGUCUUGCCUGCGUGACUGCCAGCCCCUCAGCCUCAGCAAGGAACCCGCAGACUGCCUCAACGGCCUGGAGGGGCUGCUCUGCUCCUGGCUGGAGGAGGGGGCUCCGACGUACAUGUUCCAUGCACACAGGCAGAGGGAGAACGCCGCCGCUGCCCUGGUAGCCCUCGCCUGCGCCAGGGGGUCCUUAAAGACCUUUAUCCACACUGUUCACCUGCUGCAGAAACAGACAGACCUGGGCCAGCUCCCUGUGGCUGAUGUGCUCUACAAACUCCUAGUGCUGGAGGGGGGGCCAGGCUCCCCGUCCUGUCUGCUCGGGGGCAAGCACAGUGUUUCCUGGGGCUUUGAGGACAUGCUGCCUACACCUGACAGCAGCAAUGGAGGGGCAGAGACUAAAGACACAGACCUGGGGCGCUGUCUGGCCACAGACGGGCUCUAUCUCUACACCACUAACUCCUUUGGGAGAGGAAUCAGCAAGCUGGGCUCCGGUUUGCACGGGACACUGAGGGGGUUUGUGUACUGUCGGAAUGAGGAGUUUGAGGCGGGCUGGGUGGUGUUCAGCAGCGGCCGCCUUCUCCACCGCCCCGCCUCCUUUGAUUUCAAGCCCCAUCAGCUGUGCCACGUCAUCGACCCCUUCACCCUUCAGGCGUGCCAGAUCGUGUCAAUGCCAGCCCACCACUUCCCUGUGGGCAGCAGCGUGACCACGCUGCACCUGUGCUCAGAUGGAACCUACCUGUACUGGGUGUGGUCUCCCGCCAGCCUUAACGAGAAGACCCAGAAAGGCCACUCCAUCUUCAUGGAUGUCUUUCAGCUGUCGCUGGAGACAGGGUUGUGUGUGGCAGACGUCCUGCAGGAGAGGGUGAUCCUGACACGGAAGGAGGGCGAGUCUUCCAAGUGUCUAAACGAGCUGCUGCUGAGCCGCAUGUCGCGCUUCCGCGCCUCCCACUCCGCCACGCUGGCCGCUCUCACCGGCUCUGCCAUCUCCAACACUGUCAAGGAGGAGCAGUCCGUGAACACUAGCUGUGGCCUCCCUCUGAAGACUCUGAGGAAGACGCCCAUGUAUGUGUGUGGGACCUCUCUGGUGAUGCUGGCAUCUCCGCCCGGCGUGUCUGGCAGUUCUACCACACGCUCCCUGUUUGGAGGCACCAGCGGUCUGUCCUCCCUGAAAAUCCUCUCCUCCAGUCUGGUGUUCAACCUAGCUGAUGGUCAGUUCAGCAGCCGGGCAGACCUCAUUGAUGCCCCUGGCAGUUCUCUGGGCAGGGGUGCCCAGGUGGCAGGGCUAGGAGCCUGCUAUGACGCCCUCAACAACUUGAUCUGGACCUGCUCCAGUGACUACAUGGACCAGUGGUGUAACCCUGGCAACCAGGCCUUCCAUCACAUGUGCCAUAGGCUUGGCGUCAGCAAUGUCAUCAAAGAACCCAAAGAGGAGACCGUGGCCACCGGUGAGGUGAUCAACCAGCUGCUUCACCAUGUGGGCGCUAUGUGCAUCCACCAGCUCAACCUGCUGGCAGCCAGCAGUAGCCUGCCCCUGGGCACCCUCCUGGGCAAGCAGCACCCCAUCGAUGCUCGCCACUUCAGCAGCAUAUGUGACAUCAUGGAGAAAGCCAUGGUCAAUGGGGACAGCUGCAUCAUCCGCUGCAUCCUGGUGGUGUUCCAGGUGGUGUUCAGGUUCUUCAACCCUCAGUCGGAGCAGAACAGGGAGAGCGUGCGGCGUUCAGGUCUGCUCCUGUGGCAGCUGCUCAUGGCACCGGUGGAUCAGAUCGGACCAGAGAUCCAGGCAGAAGUGUGCCUGGCUAUCAGCUCGGGUUUGAAUACCUUGUAUCAGGGGGAGUCUGAACUCAACAACCUGCUGAAGCUGGUCCUGACAGAAGGGGAGAGGAACAGUGGUCUGUCUCAGCUCCGUGAUGUCAUCCUCACCAACCUGGCUGACCAGCUGCAGAAAAAUCGAUUUGGGAGUGACGAAGAUGACCACUACAGACUCAGUGAUGAACUCCUGCACAGCAUCCUGAAAACCGUUGUCCGUGAAUCCUGCCGUCUUAUCACCAAAUGUCAGACUGUCGCCAGGGACGACUUCCAGAAGCUUCUCUCCACUGUGCCAGUGGCCUCAUCAAGCCUGCGCUACCUCAUGGCCAUUCAGAACCACCUGCUUAGCAACACUGUUCUGAUCUGCCCCGACGACAACGACGACAGUGACAACUCCCUACAAGGGGAAACAAUGAAGGUACAGGAGCUGCAGACCAGCAUCCUGUCGCUGGCCACCAAGAUCCUGGUGGGGUGUGACGAGGUGCUGGAGAGCCUGCAACAGGUGACCACUGCCCUCAUCAACAGUGACAUCACCGACCGAGAGACCAGGCUGAAGGGCUUGGAGCAGAUUACCAAGGCUACAAUGCUGGGGCACCUGCUGCCGGUUCUGCUCACCUCUCUGAUGCACCCCAACCUGCAGACACUUGCGCUCGCCGACACCCUCAUGCCCCAACUAGUGCAGCUAGUCCUCUACACCAGCCAGACUGCUCUGCUGCUCAAGACCCAGUCUCCUCUCUUCACUGACAGCACUCCAUUGGUAGGAGGGCCGCUGGGCCAAAAGACGCCUGCUGCUGCUGAUGACAGCUUUAGAAUUCUAGAUGAGCGGGAGGAGCCAGGCUUCCUAACAGGCCUGAAGAUCCCUGCGCCGUGGGCUGCUGGGAAGACGGUGGAGACGGUCCACCCGGUGCGAGACAACUAUAAGUUCAAAGAGACGGUACACAUUCCAGGAGCACGCUGCCUUUACCUGCGCUUCGACUCCCGCUGCUCCUCACAGUACGACUACGACAAGUUGGUGAUGUAUGCCGGGCCCAACACUAACAGUCGCAAGGUGACUGAGUAUGGAGGCAACACUCUGGGCUAUGGCAGUCGCAGUGUCCUAGGGACAGGUUGGCCCAAAGACCUGGUCAAGGUGGAGGGGGACACAGUGACAUUCUCCUUUGAGAUGAGGAGUGGGCGCGAGCACAACACCCCAGACAAAGCCAUGUGGGGGUUCUCCUGCACUGUCCGAGCCCAGGAGUCAUCGGAGGAUGUCUCUGGGGGUCUCCCCUUCCUGGCAGACCUGGCGUUGGGUCUGUCUGUACUAGCCUGCUCCAUGCUCCGCAUCCUCUACAACGGACCUGAAGUAACCCGAGAGGAGGACGCUUGCCAUGACCUGCUCUGCUCCAAGCUGCUCCAAAGGUGCCAAUGGCAGGUGGAGGCUAAUGGUGCCCUCUCUCCAGCCCUCACCCCCAGCCCCUCACCCUUACCCCUCACCAUCGAGGAGGACCAGGAGUUCACCUACCCCUCUGAUGUCCUCAUCCCUCCCCCGGGCCUCAUGCCUGGGGCCUACUUUGACCUGCCCCGUAUCCGCCUGCCUCCAGGAAUCAUGGGCCGGCUACGAGAGGUGUCCGGCAGGGGGCGACCACAGUUCCGUCCCAGCAUCAAGGAGGUGAUCAGGCCAGACGUUAUGGAGGAGGUCAUAAUGUCAUGUGUGAUAAAGCAUCUGACGCUGGUGGAUGCUCUCCAGUCACUCGUCAACUUCCAGUACCGCGAGGAGCACGCUGAGGAGUACGACCUGCUCUGUAAGAUCAUGGCCGAGACUUUCAAGAAGAUCAACGCCAUGGAGCGCCAGCUGCAGAGUGUAGCAGAGCUGGAACAGAAGUGGCAGAACGAGGUGGAGGAAGCUCAGCAGGGAAAGCUAGAGAACAAUACUCCAUUCUUCCAUGACUACCACUUCUUUGAGAACAAAAUGAAGGAACUAGAAUUGCUGUGUUCACUAAAAGAGGUCCCACUGGACUGCAGUGAUUUGGAAAACGUUGUCCUCACGCUGAGGGAGAAGUUCUUCCAGGAGGUGAACUCUGUCCACCUAAAAGGUGCUGUGCCGCUGACCAAAACCAAAGCCCUGGUGAAGAGCCUGAUGAACCGCACAGAGCUGCUGCUCCACGUCACCAUCGCUCCUCACUGCAGGAGCCUGAACACCACGCCUGCUGGCACGCCAGCCUGUAAGUCUGUGUCAGACACUAAGACGGUGGUCCCCGGGGUGAAGCAGCCAGUCUUCCUGCGCAGCAUGUCUGCACCCUCCGACCUGGAAAUGAUUGCCAACCAGGACCUGGAGUUCACACACAGCAGCCAAAGGCGACACCACCCUACCAGUCACCGCAGCAGCUCCUUCACACUGCUGCAGUCUCUAGCCAUGGAGGACUGCCGGGACAAGCCAACGUACAGUGUGCUGCUGGGACAGCUCUUUGCCUUCAUUGGGACCACGCCCGACCAGUCAGUGUCCAGCAGCAGUUUCCUGUCUGCGGCUCAGACACGGUGGAGGCGGGGCAGCACGAGGAAGCAGGCCUUGGUUCACAUGAGGGAGCUGCUCACCGCCGCAGUCAGGGUGGGCGGGGUCACUCAUCUGGUGGGCCCUGUUACCAUGGUGCUGCAGGGAGGGCCCAGGAUCGAGGAGCUGACCUGUGGGGGAAUGGUGGAGCAGGUGCAGGAUGCCUUUGGGGAGACCAUGACGUCUGUAGUGUCACUAUGUGCGCGCUACCCCAUCGCUUGUGCUAACAGUAUCGGCAUGCUCUGCACCAUCCCCUAUACCAGGAGUGAGGAGCAGUGCCUGGUGCGCAGUGGUCUGGUCCAUCUGAUGGACCGCCUGUGCAGCCUGAGUGGCCAGAGGGACUGCAGCUCCAAUGAGAAGCAAACCAAGAAGCAGAAGGUGGCCACCAUGGCCUGGGCUGCCUUCCAGGUGCUGGCCAACCGCUGCAUUGAGUGGGAGAAGGUGGAAGGUGGUUCUACAGAUGCGGUGCACUCGGGUCUGGCCCGGCAGGUAUCCAGCCUGCUGACCAACCACCUGGCCAGAGCCACAGAGUGCUGUGGGAACCAGGCAGCAGGGAACGACGCCCUGCAAGAUGUCCUCAGCCUGCUCAACGACCUGUCCAGGAGCCACAUAGGGAAGGCAAUCCUGAGCCAGCCAGCCUGUGUGUCCAAGCUCCUGUCCCUGCUGCUGGACCAGCGGCCGUCUCCCAAGCUGGUGCUGAUCAUCCUGCAGCUGUGCCGCGCUGCCCUGCCCCUGAUGAGUGUGGAGGACUGUGGCAACGUGGCGCUGCCCGCCUGGAGCUACUCCAUCAACACCCUGGAUGCUGAGCAGCAGGACGCCGCCGACCCCGCCUCGCGCAUUGCAGCCCUGCUGCUGGCCAAGCUGGCUGACUACGUAGUACCAGGCUGCCAGACCCUGCUGUCCCCCAGCUCCUCAGAGCCAGACACCAGCCUGAGCCGCUCCAGCCCCAAGGGAACCCUGAAGUCUGAUAAGGACGCUGGGGAGGAGAGCGAGGCUGUGGAUGGCAAACUGUCCAUAUUUAUCCACAAGAGGGAGGACCAGUCCUCUCAUGAGGUGCUCCAGCCACUGCUCAGCAGUUCAGAGGGCCGGCCAUUCCGCCUUGGAACUGGAGCAAACAUGGAGAAAGUGGUGAAGAUGGACAGAGACAUGACCAAGAGUGGUAGCUGUGAGGUAAUCACAGAGGAGGCUGCAGCCGCCCUGAGGAAGGCCAAUAAGUGGGCCCAGUCUGGGCUGAUAGUGAGCGUGGGCCCGCCUGUGGAGGCUCUGGCACAGGAGGCCGCUGGAGGAGUCACCACGGGGGACAAGAAGAAGACCGCUCAGACCGCUGUGUGUCGGGACAGGAACUCUGAACUGGCCCGGUCCGACCCAAUCAGGCCCUUCAUCAGUGGCCAUGUGGCCAACAGUAUGGCUGCUGAGGUUAUCGCCCUGCUGCACAGUCUGCUCACAGCACCUGAAUCCAACACCGCCCAGAUCUGGACCAGCACUGCAGAGAAGGUGCUGUCCAGAGCACUGAUGUUCAUCCCACAGCUGGGGAAGUAUGCUGAGAGCAUCCUGGAGAACGGUAGCAGCAGCAGCAGGAAGCUGGCCAAACUCCAGGCCAUCGGCAGGCAGGCUGUAGCGGCACUCUGCGCCCUUGGAGGCUUCAAGGAGACCAUCAAGAUCGGCUCAGAGGUCCAGGUGGUGGGUAAAGGAGUGCUGGACAGCGUGGGCCUGGUCAUGUCCAUCAAUGAGCAGGAGGGCCUCGCCACAGUAAAGUUCCCUUCCUGCGAGUACAAGAAGGCCUGCAAGGCCUCCGACAUCCUGACGGUGCCCAUCUCCCGCCUCUGCACUCCCCGCUCUGAGGCGCUGCCCCUCUACAAGCUGUCUAUCACAGAGAAGGUGGUGCAGGCGGUACAGUCCAUGCUCCUGCCACAGGAGGGUAGUCUGUCCAUCCACACCUCCCUCCCCGCCUCAGGAGAUGGCUCUAGUCCUGUCAUGGCCGCUGUCCGCCUGCUGGCUGAAAUCAGGACCAGGGCAUGUCUGGUGAUGGCCCAGCUCCUGGAGGACAGUUCGUUCUGUGAAGAGUUCAUUCAGCAGUGUCCUGCUGCUGUGGAGGUGCUUAACCUAGUGGCCCAGGAGUGCAGUCCUGGGGAGCGUCUGGGCAUGGUCGAGGCACAGUGUGAGCGAGUGAGGAUGCUGUACCGAGACUGCGCUCGACCGCCACCCCCUCCCCUCCAGACAGACAGGUGCCAGCCCAAGGAGAUUACAUGGAGUCCAACCAGGGUAUUCCCUCCAGUGCGUGCCUGCAUGUUCUCAUCCCGCCUUACCUCCGUCACCUUCCUGGCCGACCCCAGCGCUGGAGGAGGCCUGCCCAGGGGAACCUUCAUCUAUGCCACCUCACCUGUACCUGUUCAGGCUCCUUCCUUUUACUGGGAAAUAGAGAUUGUCUCCUAUGGAGACUCGGAAGACGACAGCAGCCCUAUUGUGUCUUUUGGUUUUGCCACAGAGGCGGAGAAGAGAGACGGAGCAUGGACCAAUCCUGUUGGCACCUGCCUCUUUCACAAUAAUGGUAGGGCUGUGCACUAUAAUGGCUCCAGUCUGCUGCAGUGGAAGAGUGUGAGGCUGGACGUAGCCCUACUUCCUGGGGAUGUGGCGGGCAUUGGCUGGGAGCGCUCUGAGGGCACCCCUCCACCCCCUGGCCAGGUCUCUAAAGGGCGGGUCUACUUCACCUACUGUGGCCACCGCCUCAGCCCCUUCCUGGAGGAUGUAGCAGGGGGCAUGUGGCCUCUGGUGCACAUUCAGAAGAAGAACACAAAGAUUCGUGCCAACUUUGGUUGCCGGGCAUUUGCGUACGCAGAGGGCCAAGCACACCGCAAUGCUGCUGACUUUUGUGUUGACCUGGCAGAGGAAAUCAGUGCCAACUUCGAGGCCCUCCCCUUCGCCAUGGCAUCCGACAGCGACAAUGAUGCGGGUGCUAGUGUGGCAUCUGACUCUGGAUCCCACGGACCUCCCUGUCGGAUCGCCGCGGUAGCAGUUGCUCAGCAACAGUACAACAGUGACUCGUCGUGUCUCUACAAGGUAGAGCUGAGCUACGAGAACCUGGUCACCUCAGGGCCUGAAGCACACCCCCCGCCUAUCGCUGACGAUGAGAGUGAUGACGAAGAUGAUGACGAUGUUCCCAGGGAGGACCACUAUGCCCUGCUGGUGAAGGCCUGGGAGACCAAGGUGUUCCCCACCAUCCGCCGUCGCUUCCGCAAUGAGGCAGAGAGGAAGUCUGGUCUGGACCAGAUCAAGGGAGCACUGCAGCUGGGCAUGGUUGACAUAGCCCGGCAGACAGUGGAGUUCCUGUAUGAAGAGAACGGUGGCAUCCCCCGGGACCUCUACCUCCCCACCAUCGAGGACAUCAAGGAUGAGGCCAACAAGUUCACCAUCGAUAAAGUCCGCAAAGGUUUGACCGUGGUCAUCCGCUGUCCAGACAGCAACAACACCAACAGCACCACAGGCGGAACAGCCCUGCCCAAGUUUGCCAUCCGAGGAAUGUUGAAAACCUUCGGUCUGCACGGAGUGGUUCUGGACGUGGACUCAGUGAAUGAGCUGGUACAGGUAGAGACGUACCUGCGCAGUGAGGGGGUGCUGGUAAGGUACUGGUAUCCCAUUGAGAUGCUGGAGCGUCCCCCUGUUGGAUCCCGCCGUACUGCUGCCAAUGGCCUUGUUAAUCUCGACAGCAGUAACAUCCAGAUCCAUAGGGAGCUUCUGCGCUGUGAGAGUGCCCUUGCUCGGCUUUACUGCCGCAUGGCGCUACUCAACAUCUUUGCCCCCAAGAGCCCCCACACCUUCACCCGCCUCCUCCACAUCCCAGCCAUUAGAGACAUCACUCUGGAACACCUGCAGCUGCUGUCCAAUCAGCUGCUAGCUCCGCCUCUGCCUGAUGGCACCAUCAGCUCCAGCGCCAUCCUGCUGGCCCAGUCUCUACUCCACAAUCUGCAGGGCCAGAGCUGUUCUCCCACAGAACUGUUUUACCAGGGCAACGCACAGCCCAUCCGGGAGUGGCUCACCGUGGCCAUCACCCGCGCCCUGCACCAGGGGGAGGAGAGCCUGCUGGAGCUCACCAAGCAGAUCUGUUGCUUCCUACAGAAUGCACCAGAGCAGUUCACUUCAGAGGACUUCCCGGUAUCAGAGUCAAAGGUCAGCAUGGAUGUCAACUUCCCGGGUGCUGCCUUCGUGAUCGUCUCCUGCAAAGAGAGCCAACUAGGCUGCCGCAAAGACUCCUCCCUGUACAAAGCCCCAUGGGCGCGGGUUAUGGUUUAUGGCCUUGGUCACAAGGUGCGCAGGAACGGCCAGCUCAACCUGAUGGAGGCGGUGUGCUACCCUCUGGAUGCUUCACCCUCCAACACAGGCCUCACCCCCCCUCCCACUACCAACCAGUUCCCCACUGUCAUCAUCCCCACCGACAAAGUGCACAUCAAACUGGGGGUGUCGCCCCCUCCUGGCGCGGUGCUGGUGCUGCACUCCCUGCCAUUGGAGUUCCCCCUGGCUAUGGCGUUUGCUGAGCAGCUGCUGACGUGGAAGCUAGGGGAGAAUAAUGAGCACUCUGAGGAGGAGCUGGACACUGUGCCCUCGUCUGUGCUGCUGCAGGUGGUGGAGCUGCUCGGUGGGCUGUUAUGGACCACAGAUCUGGCCCCCUGCAUCAAGGAACUCUCCUUCCACCUGCUGGCUGAGCUCUUCCGUAAGAUCCACCACCUGGAGCAGCGGAAAAGCCCUGCAGGCCUGUCCAGCUCCAUCGCUCUGUUGCUUAACCCCUGCCUGGCCGUGCUCAUGGCCCUGCAGACAGAGCUCCGCAAGCUGUAUGACCGGGAGACCCAGGGCUGGGUGGCUGCAGGGGCCGGAGCAGGGGGCUCCUCCUCUGGUGGCAGUGGCCUGGCCCUGGGGACUGAGCAGAGCAGAUUCUCCACCUACUUCCACGCCCUGAUGGAGGUGUGCCUGGCUGUAGCUGAGGUCACCGUCCCCCUCAACAUGGGGUGCUCAGGAGUGGGAGCCCUGUCCUCCACCAGUGCCCCUAAUCUCAGCGACUCCUCUUCAUCCUCCUCCUCCUCCCCAGGCCAGACCCCCCAGAGCCCCAGCCUGCUCUCCAAGCGUAAGAAGGUGAAGAUGAAGAGGGAGCGUGCGGCAGCAGCAGUGGCCGCAGUGGCCUCAGGGAAGAAGGGUUCUGCUGGAGGGGCUCGUCUGUCAGAGAGCGACAGCGCCCUGCUCAACAUGGCCGGUAGUAAACCUGAGGACAUGCUGUGGUUCCACCGUGGCCUCACCCUGCUCAUGAUCCUCCGUCACCUGGCCAACAAGGAUCCCCAGGGGCUGAGUGUGACAAGUGAUGCUGUGACGGACGCCUGCCAGGCCCUGGUGGGACCUACCGCUCACAGCCGUCUGCUGGUGCUCUCUGGCAUCCCUACCCACCUGGAGGAGGCUGUGGUGCGCAGCGCCAUCCGCAGAGCCUGCCAUGCCCACGGGGGACUCUUCAAGGACGAGAUCUUCAUCCCCCUGCAGGAGGAAGAACCUAAGAAGCCCAAGGCAGGAGCCGGGGUGUCCACCCCCCUGGACGGCAAAGCAGCCCCCGAGCCUGGGCGCCCCUUCCCCAGCAACGAGAGCCCAGACAGCUCCAGCAGCGUGACUCCAGCCAUGAGUGUCUCGGCCUCGGCCUCCACCAGCCAGACCUCCAUCUGCAGCUCCUCUCAGGGGGGCGUGACCCGCACCGCCAGUGAGCUCUCUGUGGACCAGGAGCUGCUGGCUGCCCCACCUCUCACCCCUGUGGCUGCAGCCUCGACCGUCCCCUCCCCACAGCAAGCGCCCCUGGAUCCCCACACGGUGUCCAGCCAGGAGAGCCUGGAUAUCUCCCUGUGUAGCACGGGGAGCCUGGGCAGUCUUGGCAGCCUGGGGGAACCUCUGGACAACGCAGAAAGAGCCUCUGUGUCAGACGGGGGCUCCAUGUACUCCAGCACCUCCAUCUUGGCCCGGCCCAUCAAGGGCUAUGCUGUCAUAGAGGUUCGCGCCCGAGCCAAAGUGGAAAAGAUCCGCGCUAGCCUCUUCAACAGCAGCGACUUGAUUGGCUUAUCCAGCCUGGAGGGUGAGGAGGAGCUGAUGGAGCUGACCAAUGAGGAGAUCCUCACAGCCUCCAGCGUCAACCAAAGCUUGUUUGACACACAGGGUAGCUCCGCCCUUGAGGACUACUUCCUGAACAAGUCUCUCAGAGGGGACAAGUUGGUUCCAAGUGCACGAGACGUGCUGAUGGACAUCUUCAAGAGUUGUGUCCACAAAGAGCAGAUGCUCAGCCUCACACCAGCCAAGCCUGUCAAAGUGUCAGACAUCUACUUGAGCAAGGAGCAGAUCACCUCCCAGACCACUGGAAACCUCCUCCACGUCUUCUUUACUAAUGUACGGCCGCCCAAGAAGGUGCUGGAGGACCAACUGACGCAGAUUCUGCGUAAAUAUGGCACCCCCAAGCCCAACAAGAACAAAUACAGCAAGGCGGGUAAGGAACAGCACGCAGGCAAGGUUGUGAGCACCAAGAGACCAAUCACCAAACCACCCAGCAAGGAGAAGUCUGUGCUCAACAGCGUCAGGACUGCACUGAGUGAGAAGAAGACUGUACUGAAGCCCAAGUCCCCUGAGAAAUCCAGGCCUGAUGAGAAGGACACAGAGAAAUCUCCUGCCAAGAAGCCUGAAGUCCCAGAGGAGAAGUACUUGACUCUGGAGGGCUUCCAUAAGUUUGCUGUGGACCGGGCCAAGCAGGACAUCCGUAGCGUGUGGAGGGCCAUUCUGGCCUGCGGUUACGACCUUCACUUUGAAAGAUGUACCUGUAUAGACACGCGGCAUGCCCAGAAGGCCUGUAGGAGGUGGAGUCUGGAGAUGGACGUAGCGUUGGUUCAGUACAUUAACAGGCUGUGUGGUCACCUGGCCAUCACACCUGCCAGGCUGCACCCCCAUGAGGCCUACCUGGAGCCCAGUGACGUCGCUGACCCACGCGUGGCCUGUCUUCUUAAUGUGCCUGUGGAGAGCCUGCGUCUGCGCUUUGCUCUACUGCAGUCUCUCAACAACACCCUGGAGAGUUUCUUCCUGCCCCUGGUGGAGCUGAGACAAACACACACCUACCAGAACAGCAUCGCAGCACUGCUCUCUGGGGCCAAAGGCCUGGUGUUCUAUGAUAACAAAGUGAUAGUGAUGAACCAGGUGUUGAACGCCACAGUACAGCGGACUGCAGACCACGCUGCCCCCGAGAUCACACUGGACCCUCUGGAGAUUGUUGGAGGAGAGAUCCGUUCCUCAGAGAACACCUACUUCUGCCAGGCGGCACGCCAGCUAGCCUGUGUGCCCUCGUCCCAGCUGUGUGUGAAGCUGGCCAGCGGAGGAGACCCCACCUAUGCCUUCAACAUCCGCUUCACUGGAGAGGAGGUCCACGGCACCAGCGGCUCCUUUCGUCACUUCCUGUGGCAGGUGUGUAAGGAACUCCAGAGCUCCGCCCUCUCCCUGCUGCUCCCCUGCCCCAGUGCAGCAGCCAACCGCAACAAGGGGAAGUAUAUUCUGACGCCCUGUCCGAUCAGCUAUGCGGAGGAGCAGCUGCUGCAGUUCUUUGGCCAGCUGUUGGGCAUCGCCAUCAGGGCAGACGUGCCCCUGCCCCUGGACCUGCUGGGCUCCUUCUGGAAGAGCCUGGUGGGCGAGCCUCUGGACCCAGAGCAGGACCUGCAGGAGGCCGACCUGCUCACAUACAACUACGUCAAGAAGUUUGAGGGUGUGAGUGACGAGGACGAUCUGGAGGCCCUGUGUGCAGAGAUCUCGACCCAGCACCACUCAGGAGAGAGUCCUGACUCCCCCAGCCGGCCCUGCUGCACCUUCACCUACAUCACUAUGACUGGAGAGGAGGUGGACCUGUGCCAGGGGGGUCACAACCUUGGUGUCAGCUGGCAGAAUAAGGAUGUGUAUGCGCGAGCAGUGCGGGGCCUGCGCCUGCGGGAGCUGCAGAAUGUGGAGUGUAUGACAGCGGUGCGUGCGGGCCUGGGCUCCAUCAUCCCCCUGCAGCUCAUCACCAUGCUCAGCCCCCUGGAGGUGGAGCUACGAACCUGUGGCCUGCCCUACAUCAACCUGGAGUUUCUCAAGGCUCACACCAUGUAUCAGGUGGGUCUGAUGGAGACCGACCAGCACAUUGAGUUCUUCUGGAUGGCGCUGGAAGUGUUCACUCAGGAGGAGCUCUGCAAGUUCAUCAAGUUUGCCUGCAACCAGGAGCGCGUCCCCUUCACCUGCCCCUGCAAGGACGGGGGCCCAGACACUGCCCACGUACCCCCCUACCCCAUGAAGAUCGCCCCUCCGGACGGGGGAGCAGGUUCGCCAGACUCUCGCUACAUCCGGGUGGAGACCUGUAUGUUUAUGGUGAAGCUGCCCCAGUACAGCUCCCUGGAUGUGAUGCUGGAGAAGCUGCGCUACGCCAUCCACUACCGUGAGGACCCUCUCAGCGGCUAAAGGGACCUGAUGGAUGGAGUACACCACCUCCAUAUAAAUGCAGCUUCAACACCAACUCUACUAUUUAUUACCAAUACAGCCCCACCUUCUCAACCCCUCUUCUGCCCAACUUUACUUUCACCCUCUCCUGGAACUACUCACAGAACAGAAGGCCAACCUGCUUCACCAAGAAGACACUGAAGCUUUUCUUUUUUCUACUUGUUUUAUGUUUGGCUUUGUGCCCGUGCUUCAUUUCAAAAACAUUCUAAUCAGGUUGAGCAUUUCAGGAGUGUGUUUUGACUAUUUUUUUCAGAGCUGAUGUAGGGGAGUUCAACCCCACUUUCCUUGACACUAACGUUGUUAUCUCUUCUGUUUUGGAGUGGCAGUGAGCUGACUGAUCACUACACACAUAGUGGGAGGGACCUGUGACAGGGCACAUACCCUUUUUGAUUAUAGGGAAAGUUACUCUCUUCCACCUUAUUUCCCCUCACUUUUCUCCCCAUCCCUCUUUCAGAGGACUUGGUGUGGUCUUCUAGUUAGUUCUUACUGCUUCCCUCCCACCCUUCCAGAGGGUACUCUUUCUAAGGCAUGCCUUUACCACAAGCACCUCCUCCUCAAGAAGGGGAGAGGGAGGCUCUGUGUGAAAAGGAAACUCAAAAUAUUCAAGGCUUGUGCAUUGUUUGAUGUUUGACAUAGAAGUCCACUUAAUAUCUAAAAGGAACUCUACGAAUUUUUUACCAGGUCAGCUCUCUGCAGUCAAAACGUUGACAAGCACUCUAUAUGAUAUUAUAUAGUUACUGCCUGUAAAGAUGGACUGCUAAAAGACAUAACUAACUAUCAGCCUAUAUUUACAGUGAAUAUGGUUUAUUUAAGUCUAUAAAGAGGGUAUGUAUAUAAGUCUUGUAAAAAGUCAUAUUAAUCUAUUACGUGAGUUUGCAGUUUUGAGUUUUGAAACUAUCCUAGUAGCCGUGGCAGCAGGGUAAGGUCAGGUACACUGAAGUUGGACUAACAGACUAAAGCUCUACCUGGUUGUCAAGUCUGGCUUUCUGGGUUGCCAGGUCUGCUAUACUUGCAUUUCAGGUUGUGAAACUUGUGUUGCUUUGUGAAAUUUGAGGGAGAUGUUGUUAUCCCGAGCUGCCCUCCCACACUGCUUGUGUGCUACUGAAUGUGUUUCCCGAAUCCCCCCGCCAAACACACACAAUCCACUCACCAGGGGGUCUAGCCUUUUUAUAUAUUUCCUGUGAUGAAUGAGCAGUGGUUCUGCUGCUUUUUUGUUUGUUUUAUUUGACCCAUAACCAAAAUGUUUUAGCUGUGUAAAGACUUCACUAAAGGAAACAUGUAAAUAGACUUCUACAUUAUAUUUGAUGGCAUUUUUUUAUUUUAUUACUGCUUCACUUCAACAAUUAAUUUUUGUUUUGUUUUGUUCUGCGCUAUUCUUCCAGGGAAAAAAUAUGAUUAUAAUGAUAUAUCUAGGAUAUUCUUUAUUGGAUAUCCAGUUUGUUGGGUUUUGAUUUUUUACCAAUUUUGAAAUGACUAGUUAUAUGUCACCUUAAUGUCUUGGAACUCAGAUGGAUUAUAUCGCUCAUUCCCUUCUACUCCAUGGUGAAACGUUUUCUUGUGUGAGUUAAACAGCCAUUUGACUUGGAUGGGACUUGAAGAACACAAUGAGAGCUACCACAAAAUAUUUAAGAUGGAUGUUUGGAUUGCUUGCCAAAUUAGUUUGGUUUUGUUCUUUUAAAGGGUAAAUCGCUGCUAACAAGGACACUCUCUUGCUGUUCUUACCUCCUUUUGGAGGAUUUGAAUAGACCAUUAAAACGGACAUAUUCAUACAAAGGGGUGUUGCGAUAAGAAAAUGUGUGCUGUACAUUUACUUGAUAUUUAUUACAAUUAUUUAUGUUUGCAUUAACUUAACUUUUACUGUCUUACCUCUGCACAUCAGAAACAUAACACAGAUCUCUAAAUGGAUUAUAGAGGGGUAAAGAAUAAGAUGGCGUUUGAGAUUUCUGUGUCACAAUAAAA